AUGUCAUCCUCUGGGCAGCGUGAGGCCGUCUUCCCGACGCGUAUGACACUUGGUGUCACGAAGCAGCGUUUGAAAGGUGCUCAAAAUGGCCAUUCGCUACUGAAGCGAAAAGCUGAUGCCUUGUCGAAGCGAUUCCGCACAAUCACAGGAAAGAUCCAGGAGGCCAAGAAACAGAUGGGCACUGUACUACAAACGGCGGCUUUCAGCAUGGUCGAAGUGGGCUAUGCGACAGGUGACAUUGGUUAUUCCGUUCGUGAAAAUGUUAAGCGAGCGACAUUUAAAGUGCGUGCCCGCCAAGAAAACAUUAGUGGUGUACUGCUCCCCGCUUUUGCUGUACAGUCCACGAAUGAAAACGGAGGUGCUGGUACAUCAAAGGAUGCGGACGAGGAUGAUAAAGGUACUAGUACUCCUAGUGAAUUCAGUUUGACUGGUCUUUCGCGUGGUGGUCAGCAAGUCCAGAAAGCCCGCGAGACCUAUGCCAAGGCACUACGUGUUUUGGUGGACUUGGCCAGCCUUCAAACUGCAUUUGUGAUCCUUGACGAAGUGAUUCGACUCACCAAUCGACGUGUUAAUGCCAUCGAGCAUGUUGUUAUCCCUCGAUUGGAAAACACGAUUGCUUACAUUGUGUCUGAGUUGGAUGAGAUGGAUCGUGAGGAGUUCUUCCGUCUAAAGAAGGUCCAGGGGAAGAAGAAGCGUACAGCAGAGGAAGCGGCGAAGAAGCACAAGGAAGAGCUAUCGAAGUUGGAAGCAGCCGACAAUAAUAAAGCUGAGAAGAAGGAAGGCGAUAUGCUCAGUGCUGGAAAGGAUACAGAUGUCAUCUUUUAG